UACUCUGUGGUGCAGUGGUAGCACCGUAACAUCCAAAGUCAAACAUUUACAAAUAUAUCAUUGGUUUGUUUACUAGUGCCGUGAGGUGCAUUUAUUAUUACAGUAUUAUUCUAGUGGCAUUGAAAGCGAUAUUUAAUUAUUUCAUGAUAAAUGCAAAUAAUACUAAAACCAAUUUAAACAAGAAACAACAAAGACUUUGUGAAAUACAUGUUUAUUAUAGUGCAGUGCGUGUUACCCAGGGUCAGUGUAGUAAUGAAGAUUUGUGUUUUUAUCGCUCCUUAGCGAUGUGUGUAUUGAUUUCAGAGUGUUUAUAAAAUUCAUGGUGUUUUCAAAAUUAUUAGUUUGGUGUAUAAAGUUUAGUCCGAAUCAUAGGGUCCACAAACGAGGAGACGGAUUCUAUCAUGGUCGUAAAACGUCCUGCGGACAGCACCGAGUCACCCAUACUGGAGGAGGUCGGUGAGAGCGGCUCCGAGCAGAAACCGAAACCCCUCGUCAAAUACGGAGAACUAGUCAUACUCGGGUACAAUGGGUUCCUCCCGGCCGGUGAGCGCGGCAGACGCCGCAGUAAGUUCGUGCUGUACCGGCGACCCCAGGCCAACGGCGUGCGACGCUCCAAGCACUACGUGGUGAAGACCCCUCACAGCAGCAAGGCCAUCCUCGACGCCAGCCAGCACUCCAUCUCCUACACGCUCAGUCGCAGCCACGCAGUCAUCGUGGAGUACACGGAAGACUCUGACACCGACAUGUUUCAGAUCGGUCGCUCAUCAGAACCCCCCAUAGACUUCGUGGUGAUGGACACAGUUGCCGGAGACAAGAAUGGACAGUCCAAGGUGCUGCAGAGUACGAUAUCGCGGUUCGCGUGCCGCAUCAUAUCCGACCGGAACGAUGUCAACAACUGUCGCAUCUACGCGGCGGGAUUCGACUCUUCCAGAAAUAUCUUUCUCGGUGAGAAAGCGACGAAAUGGUCGGAGAAUCACGAGAUCGACGGGCUCACGACGAACGGGGUGCUCAUCAUGCACCCUCGCGGUGACUUCUGCGGAGGUGACGCCACGUGCGGCCCCUGGCGCGAGACCUCCGUCGGCGGAGCCGUGUUCUCCCUCAGGGAGAGCCGCUCUGCACAGCAAAAGGGACUACCGUGUCAGGCUGAAACAAAUGUUCUACGAGACGGGACUAUGAUUGAUUUGUGUGGGGCGACGCUGCUGUGGCGGAGCGCUGAAGGACUCAAAAACUCACCAACAAAACGAGACUUAGAGGCGUUAGUUGACGAACUGAACGCCGGCAGACCACAGUGUCCGGUAGGCCUCAAUACCCUGGUGAUACCUCGCAAGCUGUCCUCUGUGCGCGACGACCUCAACCAACCCUACGUGUAUCUCAACUGCGGCCAUGUACAAGGCGAGCACACGUGGGGCGCGGACGGCAGCGAGGGCGUGCGCCGCUGCCCCAUGUGCCUGGCGGACGGGCCCGUGGGCCGCCUGUGUAUGGGCAUCGAGCCCGCCUUCUACGUGGACUGCAGCCCGCCCACCUACGCGUUCAACCCGUGCGGGCACAUGGCCUCCGAGCGCACUGUCAAGUACUGGGCGAGUGUGGACAUUCCCCACGGCACCAACGGGUUCCACGCCAUCUGCCCGUUCUGCGCCGCGCCGCUGCAGGGCUCGCCCGGAUACGUGCGCCUCAUCUUCCAGGACAACCUCGACUGAAUCUUACUCGCGACCAGGUCCCGUGUUGUACUUAGCAGAAGAUUAACUGACAGAGGAUUAAGCGAAUAAUUACCAAGUCGACUUAGUUAUAUAUAAGUACGUCACAGGCAGUAUAAGUGUGUCCACUAACAGCUUACAAGCUUAUGGAAUCUCAAUUUGUUAGUCUUUGAGUCAAUGCUUUAUUUAUAAGGGUACGCGUCGACUGGCCUUUAACAAAUAAUAUUGUAAAUAAAUGUAUAUGAUGAAUUAAUUUGAAAACAAUAUGUCAUUCAACUUAAUUGCAACAGGCGUGCAAUGGCAAAUUAAUUGGUUGAGAAUUGAUUGUAGUUAGUUAUCUCAUUUUCCUUUAUAUAUAUACCAGCUAAGGAACUUAGCGGUGAGCGAAAGGAUAUAACGCCUCGCCUCUUAUUGUGAGACGCAAUUUUUUUUCUUUAAGUAUUCAUCGACUCUGCUUAAGAUUCUUGCUGGGGUUGACUACCAACAUAUGAAAUAAAUUAUUGCUAAUUAUGACUGAAAUAUAAUUAAGACUUAAAAUGGCGAUAUAAUAUAAUCAUUUAAGUUAAGUUUAUUUUAAAAGUAUCAAAAUUAAUUACUGAUAUAGUAUAUGUCAAAAAGAAAAACAUUGUAAUAUAAACAAAAGUAUAUGAAAUGCUGUUGCAAUGGUUAGGGCGAGUCGACGCAUACCAUAUAGCUUCCACUUUAUAACGAUCAGGAAUUUGAUUUAUUAAAAAUGGGCACUGAAGCAGUACAGUUAAAUUAAUGUAAUAAAACUGUAUUUAUGACAGUUUUAAACACACUGAUCUACAAAGAAACCCACCACAGUUUCCACAAAUGAUCAUAACAUUAACGAUAAUAUAUCUCAUAAAAUAUUACUAAUUGGUACCAAUUUUUUUUUAUAUUUCUCACCAGUCUAUAUUUAACCUAACAAUUAACAUUACAAUUUCUUUUCAUUUUAAGUGGAAGCCUUUAAUUUUUGUAUAUAUAUUUUUAACUACAGUUUAAUAUUCCAAUAUUUUGAUGAAUUCUCACUUUUUUCUAUAUCUACUUUCUGAUUUUCUGUGUUAAUCAGUUUGAUAUAUACCGAUUAUAUAGUUUUAAAUAAUAUUUUUUUUGUGAAUUGUCUACUUCAAUCAGACCAAAAUUAUUCACGUAAAAAAUUAAAAAUUACAAUGCUUAUUAAGAAAUUAUUUCAAAAAUAAAAUGAUAGGAUCAAUAUAUACACUACUGCAUAUAAAUUGGUGUGAAAUAAAAGGUUUUGUAUAUUAAUUUGAUUCACAAUAGAAAUCUAAUAAUGUGUAUUACACAAUAUAUUAUCGAACAUGUAAAUCUUAUCCAAUGUAUGACGCUUGCACGUUUUGACGACACUGAUUGAUAUAUCGUGAUUAUACGAUCACUGUGUGAGCGAGGCGAAAAGAUGGUUAUAUAAGAGUGACAGAGAAAGUAUUAAUAGGUCACUGACCGAAAUUCUCUCUUAUCGGCGACCAGACUAUAAUACCAUUAUAUCACCAUGUUUUAAUACUUAAUUACAUAUUGAAAAUAUACAAAAAUCCGUACUAAUAAACAAAUAUUUACAUGUGUCACGAAGUAAACGUUGAUAUAUCACAGAACUUGAAAUUUUAGUAAAUGAUAUCAUAUUAAUAUAGCAGGAUAUAUAACUCACGGCCAUUAGAAGUUAGUCGUAAUGGCCGUCAGUUAAUUAAAUAAUCGUGCAAGCGUGACCACAUAGGAGAUAUAAUCGGAUGUAUUUAAAAAAACAAUAUUUAUUGAAGUAAACUCGAAUGUAAGAUAAGUUGGAAUAAAAUAACGCUUUGUAUAUUGCUCGACAGAUUGAUACACGAUCGCAGCGUUCGGUGAAAACAAUUAUUGGUUAGGUGACGUUGUAUGUAAAUAUAUGUUUGGUUAUUUAUCGUUUUCGUGUGACUUUUUAGUUGAUAAGUGAUAUAUGGUACGGUAAGCACGAUCCGCGAAUACGUUACAGUUAAAUUACUAAUACUUGAAGAUGCUUUGUUUGAACGCAAAAUGUAAACAUAGAGCAACAUAGAGGCAACAAACCUACAGAUAACAGAUUUUGAACUUUGUUUAGAUCGGGAGAAACUUGGUGUUACAUAGUUCUUGUGUGGAAAGGAGGGUAGAUGCAAAUUUUAUACCGUCAUACAAUUUUUCACGUCCAUAGUUAUUUGACUUGAAUUUAUACAAAAAGAUGACAUAAUAUACAAACGAAUAAGUGUUUUAGCGAGCCAAUGGCACAGAGAUACAAUAAUAAAUUUGUGAAAGCACUGCUCAAAUGUUACUAGCCUUAAAACUGUCUCUUAUGCGCCAUCUUUAAUUCCAAAUAAGACGUUAAUUAAAGACAAAACAGCUGUAAUGUUAAACUAAUGAAUACCAUUUGUUGCAUUAUCUAAAAUCUAAAUUAUAAAAAAAAAUCAUUUGUAUUUCAUUAGAACUGACGCUUGGUUCUGAUGAUGAAUAUUCUUAAAGGCCGGCAACGCUCCUGUGAUUCCGCUGGUGUUGCAAGAGAAUAUGGGCUGCGGUGAUCACUUAACACUAAGUAAUGCGUGCGCUCGUUUGCCCUCCUUUUCCAUAUUCCAUCAUUUGCAUUACUAGUCGAAUAAUGUAAAGAAAUAACAGUCAAUAUAAAUGCGUGUGUUAUUUACUUCUGUUUGUUUUAUGUACAUACAGAGAUGAUUUAAUUUAAGAUUAUCGUAAUACAAUAUUAUAAUUAUAUCAUGAAUUAAAAAAGGGAGUGUUUUAAAAGUAUGAAGUUUAGCGGAGGUGUACAAGUUUGGAGUUAUCUAGAAAUAAAACGAGAAAAAGAUGUAUAAUGAUGUAAAUGAAUUUAAUAUGUGUUAUUGUUUGCAAAUUCGGAUCUGUUUAAGUAAGUCAUUUGUUCGAAGAAAAUAUUCAGAUCUAGUGUUCUUACGUGAGGCUAUGGUCUAAAUAGAAACAGAAUUAUUACAAUGAGACAACAAACACUGGCUCAAAACGAAUGAUGUUCGUUGUAGUUCGUCGCUCGGUGCGAAUGCUCGCUCGCUGUUGGUUUAUUUUUUGUGGGAAAGCGAGCAUCUUUCGACAAUACGAGCAGAAUACGUGUUCGUUCGCUGUGAAUUAUAUUAAUUGCGUAUGCGAACAUUAAUUGCUGGACUACAGUAAAGUUCGCUAAGUGUAAACUCAGCCUUAUAAAUUUGAGUUGACGCGACCUACAGAGUAUAUAGUGAGGAUCUCAUUGAUGUCCAACAAUUCCACGGAUGUAUUCAAGCUACUGUAGUUUAAAUUGUAUAAAUAUGUAAGUUUUAUAGAUGUAGAAUAGCUUAUGGAAUUUGAUGGAAUAGUUUUUUCUACAAUUGGAAACACAUAGUUGUGUAGUACACGUAUUGCCUUUACCGCGAAUAUAACUAUAGAUUAGUUCGUUGAUAGUUGAGAACCGCUUAGGUAAUGAUUAUUAUAUAUAUUUUUUUUUGUGUUUAACGUAUCAGCUCCCCUACUCUCUCGGAAAGGCUCAAAGUGACUUGUCAAGUAUUUGUAUGGCAAACAGCGCACCUGGCGGUUAAAAUAGUAGAGGAACUGUUACGUUUCUUGACCCGAUCGACGUGUGAAUGAGUUAUUUUUAAGUUGGAAGCAAAAGGUGAUAGUAACGAUAUAUAAAUAGAUAUGUAAUAAUCCGUUUUUGAUGUAGUUUUGUAACGUCAGUUAGUGUUCCUUAAGCUUCGAUUAAAAUUUGUCUGGUUCGCGCUUCAAUGCUGUAGAGAUUAAUUUAAUGUUUGAUUAGCAUAUUGCAUGAGUGUCCGGUUAAUGCCAGAGUAAACCAGAUUGCUAUCCGAUUUAUUUGGCUUUUAUUUAAUGCCAGAAUAAUGUAAAACCACCGUUAACUAACUUGUUCUUUACAAUAGUAUUCUGAAUAAUAUCAUAAUAUGCCUUAUAUAAUUUAAGCAAAACAUUAUUAUGUUGUAUAUAAUUGAAGAUACUCAGUUUAAUGAAAGCUUGACAAGUCUAUAGUGUUUAUAUUCACCAAAAUUAACAGAGCUACUGUUGUCGCUGGUAUGAACACAAGUCGUAACACCUGUUGACAACUUCAGACAAGACUAGUUCUGCGAUCAGAUACUUUACCACGACAACAUUAAAGUAAAAAGAACUGAAUGCUAGCCUUAACGGUUAUCUAUGAUAAGUGCUAGGUUAAUAAAAUGCUCUUUUGGAGUUAGAAAAUUGA